GUAAGCCACCGCUGAAUUUCACGAUUGCCGACACUGACCAUUGGCUGAUUAACAGGUCAGACGGCAGCCCUUGCUGACAUGCAUACAGGCCUAGGGGAAACCGUUCAAAAAUCAAUAAACUGUUCCUUUUUGUGGUUAUAAGCACACAUAAGAUGCAAAAUAUCAGAGACGCAUAUUUGCCAGGUGUCACGGUUGUCAUAAUAGUAUCUGGUUUUUUAUGUUAUGCGAAUUAUUAUGUAUUUUAGAGUCGAAUAGCAGGAGCUCACUUUUUCAACCUGUGUUGGUCAAUGGCCAAUAGUAAAUAUGCAACAGUAGGCCUUGUGAGUGAAAUUUCUUUCACUCACAAGGAAACGUUUCUUUCCUCAAAUUAUAUUGUAGUUAAUAAUUUCUUUGGUUAAUUUCUAUGCAAUGACUGAUUUUGUCGGCCUUAUGAAUAUAAUUAUAUAUUUGCUUUAUUUUCAUUAUCACAACAUUAAGUAUAUUUUAAUUUAUUUUAUAUAUGUAUAGUUAUAAAUAGAACAUUUGGUAAUGUAAAUGGAGACGCAACAAACAAAAAAAAACACUUAUGACAAACUAAUCCGCUAAAUUACUAUAAGCCUACUUAUUUUAUAAAUCUAAAUUUUAUUGAAGCAUUUAUAAACAUGAUCCAAAUAUAUAUCGUAUGGAAACGAUAAAAAGAAACGUGUCUCCAAACCAAUCGACUUGCAACAUUUGCAUUGUUUCCGUAAAAAGAAAGAUAACACCAUUUGAUACUGCAAUGAACUCAUUAAUAAUAAUAAUAAAAUACUACUAAAAAUAACUGAUAAUGUUGCAGUAAUGUGUAAAUUUCAUGUUUAACAAACGGUAUACUGCUUAGCCACCUUGUUCUAUUAUUCUAUUAAAGUAUUAUUUGCGGCCGCACCUUCAGCGCUUCAUACACUGCAGCCGAAAUGCAUGACAAAAAUACCAACUCAGGGCCAAAACGACCCGGAGCUCAAUCAAUCUGGGGCUGAUUCGACUCGGGGCCGAAACGACCCUACACCCCCUCGAAUAUACAAAUUACUGUUUAUUGACCAGUGGCCGCUUUGACCAUACUCCUAUUCUAUUCAUUCCGAAUGCAGAUGGCUAGACUUGGCCUAGGCUCUAGGCCCCUAAAUCUAGAAAGAGGUACUUCUUUUGGUUUGAGCCUUGUCUAAGGAGGGGUGUCGGCUAACUUGUACGCAUGCCAACUCAUACGCAGUUUGGAGAACAAAAUAUAGCCCUAGGCCUAAACGAAAACCAUCAUUGACUGGAACCGGGAUAGAACGCCUUUAACUUAGUAUUUUCGGUUCUGUGCAAACAUCCCAUUAUGUCAGGGGCGGUGCCCCGCCAGGGAGAAAAACUAUAAUUCGUUCGGUGAGAAAAAUUUAAUAUAGCUAGAACUAGGCAUCCUAUGUAUUUUCCACAUAUUAUUAGUAGUAUAGUAGACUCUAAAAUUGAUUAAAUAAAAUAAGACUUUGAAACCCCUAAAUUGUAAUAUUAUAGUUUUUCUGCUUUUUUGGCUAUGUGGCAUUUUAGUUGUCUUUUUACUGCUGGCUGCUUUGUUGCUAAGUACCUUCUCUGAGACAGUGUUGUAGUUGUUUUUUUUGGUUUUUUUUGGCAGUGUUUUGUUGUUGUUUUCAAGUUGUCAAAUUAUUUAAUGGUGCAUUUUUCUACACUGAAUUAAGUGUUUGCGCUAUUUUUUAAUUUUUAGGCAAGAUAUGCUUGUUUAACACAACAUUCCACAAACUCUGCUAGCAAAAUGUUAUUACACAAUUUCUUUUUAUUGUAUUUAAAAUUAUGAACAUGAAAGUACAAGAUACAAGUCAACUUUAUUGUCAAAAAAUGAAUUCUGAGAUAUUUUUGUACAUAACAUAGAAUUGUUUACAAAAGUGAUAAAUAUUAAUUAAAAAUUCUCUAGUAUUAUCACUAUACACUAUAAAUACCACUUUUUUUUAAUUUUGGUUACUAAGUCAUGUAUACAAGUCUUCUUUCUGGCAAAAAACCUCUUUUCUUAAAGCCCUGAGAAUGCACAAGGUUGUCUGCUACAACCAACUAUAUCAGACAAAUAUCAAUAUCAAUAAGUAGCAUAUUUAUCAGACAAUCUGCAAUAGCAUAUAAUGGUGCCGUAAUUUGCUUUUGGAGUACUUUACCAAUGCUAGGUUGAGUUUUUUCAGCUAUGGCUAAUGUAAUGAUAUACCUCUGCUUUUUUUUAUAUUAUGUUGAUAUGACCAAUAUUGCGCUUGUAUAAUAAUAAAUAAUAAUAUGUCGUUCUUAUAUAGCACUUCAUGCCUUAACAAGGCCUCUAAGCGCUUCACAUUACUACCCCGGUCAUUGGAUCAAAAACAUAUGGAACUCAAUGAAACACCAGAUUAAAUUACACACAGUUGUCGAUGAAGAAUAGAGAUUGAUGUACAAGUACUGUGAACAAAAGCUAAAGAACCAAGAUUGAUCAGCUUAGACAUUUGCUUAAGGCAACAAACCAACUGAAACAAUUAAAUAUUUAUAAUGUGUUUGAACAGUUGGAUUUUUUUCGCUGUCACACUAUCAAUAGGCAAAUCUACAAGAUGCCAAGACAUAGUGGUAACAAUUACCCAAGGCAAUAUUCUUGGUAAACGGCUUGAUGUCUUGGAUAAAUCUGUUGAUGCAUUUCUUGGUAUACCCUAUGCUGAGCCACCAAAAAACGAGAGACGCUUUAAGCAUCCUGAACCCAGGAAACCAUGGCCUGGAACAUUGAAUGCAACAAUGUAUGGAUUUGGCUGUAUGCAGUUACAUGAUCUCGUGUUCCCAGGCUUCAAGGGAACUGAGAUGUGGAAUCCAAAUGUGGAACUUGACGAAGACUGUUUAAAUUUAAAUGUUUGGGUGCCAUAUCCAAGACCAAUAAAUGCUGCUGUAAUGGUGUGGAUUUACGGUGGAGGCUUUUACAGUGGUGUUGCAUCACUUGAUGUUUAUGAUGGCAAAACGCUUGCUGCUGAAGAAAACAUCAUUGUUGUGUCAAUGAACUAUCGUUUAGGAGCACUUGGAUUUUUAGCAAUGGGCGAUGAAGCACCAGGAAAUGCGGGCUUGCUUGACCAAGCUCUUGCACUUCGGUGGGUGCAAGACAACAUCGCUCGAUUUGGUGGAAAUCCAGAUGCAGUGACGUUGUUUUCUGAGAGUGCUGGCUCUGCUAGUGUGAAUUUCCACCUAUUCUCACCUGUUAGUCGCAACCUAUUCAAAAGAGCUAUUAUGCAGAGUGGAUCUGCCAAUGCUCCGUGGGCGUAUUAUACUAAAGAGGAAGGUACUCGAAGAGGAGAGUUGCUUGCUACAAAAUUGAAUUGCACUAUUAGUACGGAUGGUCAGACAUUUAGUGUAAAUGAAAUGGUACAAUGUAUGCGUUCACGUAAAGUUGAAAAUAUCCUAGAUGAAAUGUGGGUUACUGCCGAAUUUAUGAAACUACCGUUUGUUCCAGUAAUUGAUGGCACAUUUAUUAGAGAGGCCCCUGAACUCACAAUGAAAACAAAUUCUUUUCAACCGUGUGAAAUAAUUAUUGGUAGUAAUCUCAAUGAGGCAAACUUUUUUUUGAUAUAUGGAGUUCCAGGAUUCAAUAAAGAUAACUCUAGUAUACUGGAUGAAUUAAUGUUUCAAAAAGCAAUUGAAUACAUCUGGUCCACUGCUAAUGAAUUUUCCCAUGAUGCAAUUAAAUUUCAAUAUACCGAUUGGUUAUAUCCUGGGAGUCAUUCAAAACGCAGAGAUGCUAUUGAUCAGGCACUUGGCGACGCCUGUUUCAUUUGUCCCACCUUCCAAUUUGCCAAAUCACAUGCUAAUUUCAAAAAUAUAGUUUAUUAUUAUCGUUUCACACAGCGGGAUUCAAACCAUCCAUUCCCAGAGUGGAUGGGAGUGUUACAUGGUGAUGAGAUUGCAUAUUUCUUUGGAGUACCUCUUCACCCAGAAAAUGGAUUUAGUGAAGAAGACAAGAAAUUAAGUAGACAGAUGAUGGCUUAUUAUGCUAACUUUGCAAGAACAGGAAAUCCAAACAAUAAACAUGAUUCAAAAUUGGAAGUUUACAGCUGGCCUAUCUAUAAUGCCGAAAACCUUGAAUAUCUGGUCCUGAAUGGGUCACUGGUUGCUGGCAAUCCGGUCAUAGGCCGAGGUCCCAGAGCCGAUUACUGCAUGUUCUGGGGAGCGUAUUAUCCAGAAUUGCAGGCGAAAACAGGGGAUGUUGAGAAAACAGAAGCCAAAUGGAAGUCUGAUUUUCAAGAAUGGAGCAACAAAUAUAUGGCUAGUUGGAAGUCUGAAUUCAACAAGUAUAUCAACAAUGCAAACCAAAUGUGUAGCAAUUCCUAGGCCACCAAUCGCAGAAAUUAAUAAAUAUGGUGGAGACCUCAUGCCCUGUACUCUGAAUUUGCAACUCAUGAGCAAAGUAAUUUAGUCUAAAUGAUUAGCGUGCUGGUUUGACACCCUCAUCAUUUAUGAUAGGAAUGAUGUUUUGCCCUACCUGACGUGUUAUUGUACUGAAUGCUCAGUAAUUAUGAUGUCAAUUUGUGAAAUAGCCACAUUAAUGGGUAUUAAAAAUGUUUUUAUAACAGUGGCGGACCGUCAAGGCAAGCAAGGUAUGCAGUGCAUACCCUGGCUAAAACAAAUAAGAAAAUAUAGUAGUACAGUUUCUGCGUUUGAUUUAGCAUUUCUUAGCCAUAAUCUUCUAUAUAAACCUUAAUUUUUCAAGUGGAUUGCUGUAUUUUAUUGGAAAAGCUUUUCAAUGUUUGGCCUACUUUGGUAUCUAGGAUAAGUCGCAUUUGGGCCUAUCGCAUCGUACUCUCAGCUGGUAUACAAGAAACUUUGAGUUAUUAUUAUUUGAAUUGAAAUAUGUUAAAAUAGAGGAGUAGGAAUUAUUUUGAAAAGAAGAUACUACAACCAUACAACCAUGCCAGUAUUAAAAAUUAACAUACAUUUGUAUUUUGACUAUAGUGCAAUCUAAUCCUGUAUAGUAGUACGCUUACAAACUUUUCCUACUAGGAGUGGGAAAGUAAAGUGGAUGGGCAAG